AUAUCGUUAACUUUGCGCAGGAGACCCAGAGGCUCUUUUUUUCUUUGCGCGAGCCAAUUGUCUUUAAGUUAGUGUACUUGUUUGUUGGGGCGUGUGCUGCAGAGUAAACAAAGCAGGCGUGAGAGACGUUUGCAAGUUUCCAUGCGUGCAAUAAUGAAACGUUUUUUGGCGCAAGUCUGAAAUGGCAGCAGCUGUUGCGUUCUUUUUUCGUAGUAGAAGUUCGUGUUAGAAAAACGACGAGACCGCCGAGUUGUGUUUUCCAUACGUGCACUUUGUUUUGGAUGUUUCAAAUUGUUCAGAGGGGUUGUAAUUGCUUUUUGCGUUUUGCUGCCAGUGGUCUGCAGGUCGCUCCUGGAUCAUCGUGCCACAUUGACUUCUGCGACUGUCAUCAACCCACACGCGAAAUGACCCACUUUCGGAGCUAAAAGCAGAGGAGCGAUGGACAGAGGAGGACUCGAGAGCAGCAGUGAGAAGAAAAAGAGCUUGGCCGCGCAUCUUGGAGCGAUGGUACGAGAAGGGUCUUUUCAGAACGAUGUGCGCGGCAGCAUGCCCGCUGCUUCAACCACGGAGGAGUCUCUCCUCGAAUCCUGGAUGCAGCCCGUGUCUGCAGAAUUCUCCAAUGGACACGGCAACGGCGACGCUCAGGAGGGGUGCGUCCACACAGCGUCGACCUCCGCGGGGCUGUGUGGGGCCAAGCCCAGUGGCCAUGUGAUGGGGAACAGCCUAAAACCACAGCAAGAGCAGCAGCACCGUGCCAUGCGUUUCUUCGCCCAUGGAGAAAGCUCUCCUCUUCUGGAGACAGACAUCCCUGACCUGGACUGCUCUUCACCUGCCAUGGACACCCUUAUUGUUGGAUCAGCUUCUGAAACUUUCAGUCUGAAAAUUGAGGAUUACACACCUAUGGAUGGGGAAGAGAACACCUUCAAGGCAGUGGGCAAGGACUCUGAUAUUAAUGAGGGCCUCUUUGGUGAGAACACCAUGGACCUUCUGCAGGACCUUGAACUGGCAGACAGCUUGUCAGAGUUGGAUGAUUUGUAUGAUGGGGAUGAGGCUACACUUCUCUCCUCUUUGGCAGUGAGCGACCCUCUCCUUAGAAACGACAGCGCGCUCAGGGAGACCAAGGUGGCUACUGGCAGCGGUGUAAACAUGAAUGGCAGAGGUCAGCGGCUGUCAGAGCCGGGGUGUUCUCCAUCAGCUGUCAAAAUGGAGGAAGGUGGCUAUCUUCAGCUGUGCACCCCGGGGGUGAUCAAGCAGGAGAACCAGCACAGGGGUUACUGCCAUAUGCCUGGAUUGGAGGGUCCCAGCCUUUUCAGGACCCCACUGUCAUCAUGUGCCGUCAGUACUGCAGUUGGACCCAUCCACCAAUUUCAAGCAAACUGCUCAUCCACAGUCAGUCUGCAGCAGCUGGAGCAGAAGCCAUUAUUUACCUUGCUCCCCUCACUGACCUCUAUAGAUGAUGGCUGGAACAGAAGCGCACAGUAUGGCGAUGCAACUGAGAUGCAGAGAGGGACUGACAGCAUCCAUGCCCUGCCCACGUUCACUAUGAACAGCAUCAGCUCUUCAGCAAGUCCUGAAACCAGCAGUUUAACUUCUGCAGGGCCUUCAAAGUCUGGCAGUUCUGCCCCCAAGAUCUGUUUGGUGUGUUCAGAUGAGGCCUCGGGAUGUCACUAUGGUGUCCUCACCUGUGGUAGCUGCAAGGUGUUUUUCAAGAGAGCAAUGGAAGGACAACACAAUUAUCUGUGCGCGGGUAGGAAUGACUGCAUCAUUGACAGGAUCCGCAGGAAGAACUGCCCUGCUUGCCGCUUCCGCAAGUGUCUGCAGGCUGGGAUGAACCUGGAAGCAAGGAAGACCAAGAAGCUGAUAAGACUAAAAUGCCAGCAGACAACAGCAGAGACCUCGCCUCCUUUGCCAGAGGAACUGACACAAGUGGUGUUGCCCAAGUCCCUGUCUCAGCUAGUCCCCUCCAUGCAGUCACUACUGAGAGCUAUUGAGCCAGAAAUCAUCUACUCUGGUUAUGACAGCACCAUUCCAGACACCUCCACCAGGCUAAUGACCACGCUCAACCGGCUUGGGGGGCGGCAGGUUGUCUCCGCUGUCAAAUGGGCUAAAGCCCUCCCAGGGUUUCGAAAUCUGCACUUAGAUGACCAGAUGACCCUGCUGCAGUGCUCUUGGCUUUUCAUCAUGUCCUUUAGCCUGGGAUGGAGGUCCUACCAGCAGAGCAAUGGGGGUAUGCUCUGCUUUGCUCCAGACCUCGUCAUCAAUGAGGAACGAAUGAAACUUCCAUACAUGACGGAGCAGUGUAAACAAAUGCUGAAAAUUUCCAGUGAGUUUGUGCGGCUCCAGGUGUCUUAUGACGAGUACCUGUGCAUGAAAGUCCUGCUUCUGCUGAGCACAGUACCAAAGGAUGGACUGAAGAGCCAGGCUAUCUUUGACGAUAUCCGCAUGUCCUAUAUCAAAGAGCUGGGCAAGGCUAUUGCCAAACGUGAGGAGAACUCGGCACAGAACUGGCAGAGGUUCUACCAACUUACCAAACUUCUGGACUCCAUGCAAGAAAUGGUGGGAGGCCUGCUGAACUUCUGCUUCUACACGUUCGUUAACAAGUCCCUCAGUGUGGAAUUCCCUGAGAUGCUAGCAGAGAUCAUCAGCAACCAGCUGCCCAAAUUCAGAGCCGGCAGUCUGAAGCCACUCUUGUUCCAUCAGCACUGACUCAGCUCAUGUCCUUCGGAGUGCUUUUCCCUCCUGGGGAGGGAGGUUCUGGUGAAGAGGGACAUCACUGAGACUGAGUCCCACACAUGAGUGGGAGGGACACACAUACUUCAACAAAAAGAUAAAUAAUAUCACCCAUGGAAAUAGUUUUGCUUGUAAUUUGCUUAAAACUAGAGGGAAAUGAUUUUAAAUCCUGGUAACUUCAAUAAGAAAGGAAUAUUGUAUAUUAGAAAGUAGAUUUUUGUGCAUACUAAAUACUAACGGCUAAAAUGUUUACAAAUUUACAAGAAAAGGGAAACUUGUGCCUUUUUUAUUUUUUAUUCAGAUAGCAAAGCUGUUCCCUCUGUUCUUGUCAAGUAUUUUUUCAUACUGUUAUGACUUUGUUUUGUAUUGUCUGUAUUACUGUUUUUACAGUACUUGCACUAGUGAUUUCAUCAUAAGUUGCCUUUUUUGUUUUCUACAGUGGGCAGUUCAAAAAAGGUGAAACUUAAGUGACCCUUAAAAUUCAGAAAACAGUUUCCCUUGCAGGUGUCAUUUAAUUUUUUUUUUUUUUUUUUUUUUUUUUUUUAUAUGAAGACAUCAUUUGGUGAGUGAGUAAAUUAGUUGGGAGACAGUCCUGCCAAUUUUGGGUAAACUGACCAUGAUUCUGAGCACACCAUCAUGUGUGUUUUUUUUUUAUAUUUGUGUGCACUAUGGGGAGAAAGCAGUCGACAAUCAGAGUGGUUUAGUGCUGUAUAUACAAAGCUUUAUGGUAAUCCACUUGUAAGUAGGGUGUAGUUAUAACUGUCACCUGACAGCUGUAGCUACGCUUAUAAUGUGAAGCGAAGCAUUUUAUUUCAGUAUGGUAUUAAUUCAAACUCGCGUUCAAAGGCAUUUAUCACAUCUUUUAAACUUUAAAUCUUUUUAACUGCACUUUUUUCUUCACGUGAUAUAAUUGCUGUUCAUAUUGUGUGCCUUCUGAAAUAUAAACAUAAGUCCAUAUCCAUAGAACAUCUGCUGGCGAUUUAUUUUGUUGAAGUAAGUGAAUUUGCUAAGUCAGUCUUCAUCAGUUAGUAAUGAACAUAAGACUUUUUCUUAAUGAUUUGUAACUCACACCUUUAUCAGUUUUCUUUUGCUGUCCAACUCCAACAGCUGCGCUUCCAUCAGUUAUUUGGCCCCUUGGGAGUGUUUCGCAUAAGGUCCCCCCCCAAAUUCACUACUUUGGA